AUGUCGUCGGGCGUGUGGGCAGAUCAACCAUAUGCACUUAUUAAAGAGACUGGUAUCUUAACUCGUCUAGAUGUGCUGCGAGAUCAUCCAGCGGUCUCAAUGGCUCAAGAUAUGGCUCUUGCGCACAAUGUGAUUCUCCGCAGUAUCAAUGCGUCAUAUAACCAGUGCCUAUCUGUACGGCCUGGGACCCCGGAAGCCACAGACUUCUUGAUCUUCAAUCAGUGCAUCUUCGAAUUUGUGAAGACGCACCACGACGUCGAGGAAGAGCACUUAUUUCCCGAUAUUACAAAGCUCACGGGUGUGGCCGGUAUCAUGGAAGGCAAUGUGCAGGAACACCGAGACUUUGAAGCCGGCAUGGAGAAGUUUCGCCAGUAUGUUUAUGAUACGCCUGCCGAUAGGUACGACGGGACGAAGCUGCAAGCUAUCCUUGACGAGUUCGGCAAGCCUCUUGAAAAGCAUAUGCACAAUGAGAUAUCCACCUUGCUUAAUCUUAAAGAUUACGACGCGGUCAAAUUGAAGGAGGUUAUUGCCUCUCUCGGAAAGCAGUUUGCCAAGGCUGGUGACCUAUUUAGGUGA